CACCGUUCUAAGUGGUUGAAACCUAUAGUACUUGAUAUUUUCUGUUAUUUCUUAUAAUUAACAACAAAUAUACAUUAAGUUAGAGAACUCAACUAACUGAUGACAUCUAAACAUUUAAUACUAAUAAUGCGUCACUCAAUCACUUUAAUGAGGAUUUAUUUACUUCUUUACAUAACAAUAAUUAUUUUCAAUAUACUUGUAAGUAAAUAUAUUUAGUUUCUGAAACAACAGUUAAUUUUUAACAAACAUCAAAAUAAAGACUUGCUCCAAGUCCCUUAUUAAUUUUUUUUCAUACUGGACAGCGUCACCAACAACCAAGUUUAAUGUAAAUAAAAUUGCGCUAUUUCAAAAACUUCUUUACAGCAGGGUUUUUUGUUUUCUAUAGUACUAUUGGCUAGUCCCAAUAUAUGGCCAGUAUAAAUGUAAACUGACUAGAAUUCAGGUGCCCACAUCAAUCAGUUUAUUUGUACAUUAACCAUUUUUGGAACUUACAGCUAAGCUGUUCUCCUAAGUAGGAAAAAUUAUGCUAUGUAUAUUUUAGUUAUGCUGCUAAUGCACAAAUUGUCAAUUUCUAUUUCCUCAAUAGGUAAUGAAAAAGCAUCAACAACAAAAAGACAAAAAUUAGACAAAGGUAAAUCAGGAAAAUUUAAACAUCCAAGAAAAAUGCGAAGAUUUGACAAAGGUAUUGGCGAAGCAUCAAUAUCGAAACAACCAAAGUUAGACGAAGACAAGUCAGAACAAUCAGUACAACCACAAAGGUCAAGGGCAGAUGAAGAUAUAAUUAUCAAAGGUUCCCUGAUGACAAGGCAGAAAGAAUUGUAUCGGAAUGUGAAUAGAAUGACACCAACAAUUUGGCAUAAAUUUCAUGAGUUAGAUAUUGCAGAUGUUUUUACUGAACUCAGCUUACUGCAAUCUAAAAAAGAAGACAAAGAAAUACAAGACAAGUCAACAUGCACAAAAAAAGAAGGUAGACCCACAUCAUUAACAGAGGCAUUAGAGGUUAUUAAGUCAACAGAUUCUUGUAAGGUAUUAAUAACAGGGGAGGGAGGAAUGGGUAAGACUACCCUCCUUAAAUAUAUUGCUUAUCAGUGGGCUACUGAUGAUGAACAUGUCCUUGCUGAUAAAUUACUGUUUCUGAUAAAUAUCAGGGAAAUUAAAGAAGGUAAAUCAUUCUUGGAGUUAAUUAUGGAUGAAAUUGAUUCAAAAGAAAUAAUUUAUAGGAACAAUUUGUCAUGUGACUCAUUUAACCCAGUUGAAAGGUUCUUGGUCACACAUGACGAUGAAAUAAUAUUUUUGUUAGAUGGAUAUGAUGAGUUAGAAAGAAAUGCUAAAGACCCAAUUGAUCUAUUUAAAAAAAGAGAAUUGCGAAAAAGCAUGGUAGUGAUAACAUCUCGACCUGACAACACAGCUGAUUUGAUUAAAUACUGUGAUGUACAUAUUGAAGUGAAGGGAUUCAGUCAAAGUAACAUAAAGAAGUAUAUUCAAAAUUUUUUUCGUUCAAUCAGUGAAAUCGAAGUUGGUAAAUCUUUAAUGAAAGAGUUUGGACUUGAUUCAAAGAGUACAAAUUGGGGUGGUAAUCACAAAGAAGCAUUUGAAUUGUGCUCCUCUCCACUGUUAUUGCUUCACAUUUGUACCGUAUGGGAACAAAAACGUGUUCUUCCCACAUACUUGACCGAUCUUUUUAAGGAAGUCAUUUGUUGUAUUUUAAAUCAAUAUCUAAACAGAGCUGGCAAAAAAUCGGUUAUUAACAAUUUUAAGAGAAUUCCAGAUCAAUACAUAUCUGCCAUUUUAAUUUUAGGAGAGUGUAUGUAUGAAGGACUAAAGGAAAAUAUACUGUCUAUUGACAAAUAUGUUUUGUCAAAUAUGGCAAAGGAUAAAGAAUUACUAAACUCAGCACUGGAACUUGGGUUUGUUUAUAAUGAUACCCCUGCUAAUCCAGGGAAAGAGGAGAUGUACACACCCCCACAUAAAUUAAUUUCAGAAGCACUAGCAGGGCUGUACCUGUCUACAGAAAUUCAGAAAGGGAGUUCAAAGGUUGAGUAUGAGGAAAUCAGAUGUAAUGAAUAUUUAAAUAUGACGAGGAUGUUUGCAAUAGGAUUUUUAGGUGCUGAUGCUGAUAAGUUGCUGAAACCAUGGUUAAUAAUCAGGGCCUCAAAUUAUUGCUCAAUAGUACAAUGUUUAAAACAUGUAAAGAAAGAGAAUGAAGAUGAUAUUUUAGUGAAAUUGGAUAAGCUCAUGUCCAACGAUAUGAAAGCACAUAGUGAACAAAUGUUGGAGUCAUUUAGAAGUCUUAUAAAUGAUGGCAGAGACAUAUCAAGUGCAGGGAAAGGCGGUGCCAACUUGUUGUACAUACCUUAG